CCUCAGAUUGGCCUCUGAGAUAGACUAAUCACACGCGGAAGAGUAUCAAUGACUAGUCGGUGACCCUUUAUUCCUAAUGACAAAAGGACGGUGGAUAAACAUUUAAAGAUGAAAAUAAAAUAACAUUAAAGGAGAACAAGAAAGAACGUAGAAGAGAGAGUGAAAGUAAAAGGAAAGAGAGAGAGAGAGAAAACAGGGUAGCCUCCUCCACCACUUUCACUCCAUUGGCUUUCUUUAUAAAGAAGCCAUAGAGCUCAACUUAACUUCCCCCUUUUCCCUUUCUUCUUUUCUCAGUGACUUCAUUGUUGAUAGCUUUCAAAUGGGCUUGUGCGUUAUUGAGGACCCUAUCUCUGGUUUGACAAUAGGUCAAGCUAUAUACGAGGCAGCUCUAAUCAUUGCAGUUCUGAGAUGGGUCUUGUGCUUGGUUUUCAAACUGAUCAAAGAUAGGAGGACUCGCUCUCUUCACACCCCACCUGAACCCUCUUCACAGAUUAUAAGAGACAACACUCUUCCGUUGACAACGUUUGGUGAGAUUGUGGAGAGGCUGCCAGAAACAGACAACACAUGUGCUGUUUGCUUGAACCACCUUAAAAUGGAAGAUGAGGUUAGGGAGCUCAUGAACUGCUACCAUGUCUUUCAUAAGGAAUGCAUAGACACGUGGUUGGACUAUGACCAUGACCAUGACCAAGAUCAUGAUAACCACAACCCCACUUGUCCACUCUGUAGAGCACCUUUACUCACUUCUUAUUGCUUGUCAUCAGAAAGCUCAACAUGUGUGCCUCCUCCUCAACCUAGCUGGGCUGUGGAGAGACUUUUAUAUCUCUUUGGGGAUGAUCUUCUCCCUUGUUAGUUCUUUUCUAAACGGUGUAAGGAUACCUUAGGGAAUUCAUUAUUUGUUCACUCACUGCUCAAUUCCUCUCUUUUCUUCAAAAUAGCUUGGAGUAUUUGUGUAUAAUACAUAUAUUUUGUUGAGAUAUAUAAAACCAUUAAU